AGCAGUUGAAAAAAAACAAAACAGCUGUUCAGGUCGCCUGUACUCGCGGCGAGGGUGAGAAAAAUAAAAAACUCGAAUCGCAAAUCGCAGCAGACUUCAGUCUAGCAUGGCGGCAAAUAGGAGUGUCACCGUACUUGCACCAAACGGGCGUCGACAAAAUGUCAAAGUCACCCCAAAUUCGACCAUUUCACAGGUAUUGGAAGAAGUCUGCCGUAAACAAGGAUACAAUCCUCAAAAAUACGAUGUCAAACAUCUCAAUCAAGUCUUGGACACAAAUGCCAUACUGCGAUUCACUGCGCUUCCUAACAAUGCAACGCUCGAAAUGGUACCUUGCAACAAAGAGCGAGAAGUAUCCAAUGUUACAAUAGGUCUUCAAUUGGAAAGUGGCCAAAGAGUCAUGGGCGAUUUUCUUCCGGAUACUUCCCUCACUGAAGUUCUUGGAAAAUUAUGUCCUGAUCAAGGAACGGAAAAUGCUAUAUUGAUUUAUAUGCAUCAGGAGGUUUAUGGUAAAGAAACUUUAGAAGCAACAACCUUAAAAACGUUGGGUUUGACAAGUGGCAGAGCAAUGCUGAGACUGAUGCAUAGAAAUCCUGAAGCAUUGAAGUCGCAAGCCCACGUUUAUCGGCCAGCAGCUUCGAAGUCAGCUCCCAGAGAGAACAAAAAAUCUGGGAAAAAUGAUUCUGCAUCAAAGAAAGCUUCGUCAACAGUGCAAAAUUAUCUUAGCAAGGCGAUGAGUGAUCCUCUCUCAUUGUUGAAAACUGAGAAAUCGAAAUUUAAGAAUUUAGGACCGGGACACGUGGUUGGAAGACGACCCGAUGAGCCUGUGAAACAGGAGGAACCUAUGAGACAAUCGACACCAGAGAACGAAGUUCCUACUCCAAUGGAAAAAAAAACACUAGACGAAGGAAAAACUGAUGGAACUUUAACAAAUGUUAAUGUACCUGGCGUUUUGAAAAUGGAAUUUCUGGGAGAAAGAAACGCUUUGCUGUUCAAUCAAGCAGGCGCGAAAGCACUGCCUCGUGAAGAAUUGCCGGAAAAUUUUUUCGAUCUGACUGUUGAAGACGCGAAGGCUUUGAUACGGGAUGCGAAACGUCAACGGGAAGAGCUCGAGGAAGCGCCAUUGGCAACUAGCGCUCAACGCGAAUUGGAGGCAAACAAAACGACUUUAAAUAAAUUGCAUAAAUAUCGUCGCGCUGUAAUUAGAAUCCAAUUCCCGAAUCAAAUGGUACUUCAAGGAUUAUUCGGACCAUUGGAAACUGUUGAGGCGGUUAAAGAUUUCGUUAGAGAAUAUUUGUCCAAUCCGGAAAGUGAAUUCGUCUUGUAUACGACACCACCGAGAAAAGAUCUCAUUUGUCAAAAGCGUUUGGUCGAUGAAAAUCUCGUGCCUUCUGCCAUUAUUUAUUAUUCCGGUCAAUCUGAUUUGAAGCCCGAAUUAGAAUCAAAGCUUACAGAUCCCCGUGCCGCUGGUGUUGAAGCAAUUAAAUCUAGAAUCGCAGUUACUCGUCAAACAUCUGAAGAGCCAAUAGUCGACGAUCUUCCCAAGUCGAUGGACGUAACGAGCCACGCAGCGAAAGAAGAACGAAGAAUGGUCGACGAGCCCGUACCAGGCCCGAGCAGAAGUAACUCGACAACGCAGUCGGAGUCAAUGAAUCAGGCUCCAAAAUGGUUUAAGCGAUUUUUGAAAUAACUCACAUUUUUGCAUUUGUGAGGUAGCAGCGCACCAUAGGUUUUUACUCUUCAUUAAUUCUAUAUGGAACGCAACAGGGAGAAAAAAGAGUGAAGCAGUCGGAUUUUGUGAAUCAUUGUUUUUUUUUUUUCGAAAGUGCAUUUUAAUUGCGGAAAUUGAAAUAGCUCGGAGCGGCGUUAGCGCUACGCGCGAAACCCUGCUCCUGUCUAAUAUCCAUUUUUAUUCUAUUUUCAUUGUUGUUAUUUACAAAAAAAAUAUGAAAAAAAACUUACGUAAAGAAUAAUACAAAUUAUGUAAAAAAUACAACGCGAUAUAGAACGAGCUGAAAUAAUAAAGUACAACGGGUCCUUUUUUGA